AUGUCAAUAACAGUUAUCGCAAAACGAGAGACAACCGAUGAAGAUUUAACUAUUCUAAUGACAUUAACGUCCACUUUAACAGUUAGCAGUUUACCUGCUUCUUUAAUUCCUACAAUAUCAAAUAAGGCAAAGAAAAGUUAUACAUCAACAACUUUAAGAACUUCCUCUGUCAAGUCUUCCAGUCCUUCAAAGCAAACUAGUACAACUCUGAAUCGUCCUAAAACAUUAUUAUCAAUUCCAUCAGCACUAGUAUCGAAGUUCUCUUUGCAAUCAGAAACUAUGAGUAAUUCAGCACGGUCCACUCAUACUUCAGAACCGUUCCAUAGCAAUCUCGAUAGUGUUGCUGGACUUUCUCAGGAGAAUAGAUCGCUAAAACUAGGCCUUGCAAUUGGCAUACCUAUUGCUAUAGUUUCAAUUCUUGUUGGUAUUAUCUUAACCUGGUUCUAUCUAAAGAAAAAGACCUUUAAUAAGAGGCGUAAAGGAUUACUCCCAUAUAAGAAUGAAUAUUUGGAGCACAGCAACGACGAAAAGUUAACUAUGAAUGAAACUAAAUUUCAAGCAUCUAGUAUGAAUCUGGUAUCAACAAAAUUUCAGGGUCUAAAUGAAACUCCUGUACAGAUGCAACAAGGUCCUAAUCAGCAACUAACGCAAACCUCGGUGAAAAACUUCUUCAAUAGAUUAAGUCGAACUGUCAAUAUCAGGAAUGUUAACGAAACUGACGUGGAUACCCUUAAUGAAAACAAAUCAGGUUUAGUAUCACCCAUUUUCUUGAAAAAAUUCAACUUACGAAAAUCAGUUUGCAAGCCAAAUGAUGUUUACAACAGCGAGGAAAGGUUACGGAGAACUAAUGGUCUAUUAAGGUCAAUAGAUGCAGAUUUUCUUUCAAUUCCUUAUAAUGAUUCGAAGAUAUCGAUUUCCGAAAAAAGGUGCAAGAAACCUCUUCCAAAGUUGCCGCCCAUUAUCAACACAUAUAAAUCCAAGUCUUUACAUGACAUGGAAAAGGUAGUGACCCAUACACUGCUUUCUUCGGCUAGUAUUAUAAACCGCGAUGAUAAAAUGUACAAAGUAAUAAAACCAUAUGUCAAGAAUUUAGAUGAUGAAAUUUCAAUCAAAGUAGGCGAUAGAGUGAGAAUAUUAACAGAACAUUCCGAUGGUUGGUGUUCUGCUAGAUUAAUUGAGGAGAACGAAUACUCGAACUAUACAUCGCCGAAACAAGGAGUUAUACCUAGGCUUUGCUUACAAAAAUUUUGA